AUGGGCGCGACCACGACCCCGGGCGUCGGCGGGAGCACGCGCGACGCGGUCCCGGGCGCCGGCGGGAGCACGCGCGACGCGGUCCCGGGCGCCGGCGGGAGCACGCACGACGUGGCCCCGGGCACCAGCAGGAGCACGCGCGACGCGGUCCCGGGCGCCGGCAGGAGAAAGCACGACGCGGCCCCAGGCGCCAGUGGGAGCACGCACGACGCGGCUCGGGGCGCCGGCGGGAGCACGCACGACGCGGCCCCGGGCGCCAGCGGGAGCACGCACGACGCGGCCCUGGGCGCCGGCGGGAGCACGCACGACGCGGCCCCGGGCGCCGGCGGGAACUCGCACGACGCGGCCCCGGGCGCCGGCGGGAACUUGCACGACGCGGCCCCGGGCGCCGGCGGGAGCACGCACGACGUGAUCCCGGGCACCGGCGGGAGCAUGGCCUCGGGUGCCGGCGCGACCAAUCUAAUCCCGGCCUGUCCGACUUAG